CCGAGCACGCCAGCCUCUCCGCCGACGCGGAGCCCGACGCCGCCUCGGCCGCCGACAAGCCGCCUCGGCAGAAGCUAGACAGCGGUAUAGGCGAGAUGUCGCCGUCAGCAGACUCGUCGCCCAUCAGCACGGGCUACGAGGCCGGCAGCUCGCGCCGCUCCGGGCAGGACUCCGACAGCGGCUCCCGGACUACAGGCCGCCGCCGCCGCCAGAAGCGCCACUUCACGCGGCGCUCGUCGGGCUCCGGGGACUCCGCCACCUCCGACUCCUCCGCCAGCCGCCGCCACAAGCGCCGCGCCUCCGACGGCGGCGACGCCCGCCGCGUACGACUCUCCAUCCUUAUGAAGAGGAGCGUUAAGGAGUUACCGCUACCGUACGCUCUUAAGAAGUACGUUAACCUAGGUCGUUGCUUCGAAUUUUAGGUCUAAAUCUACUGAGCUCGAUCGAUUCAUUAGAUAUUACAUGCUAAGGAAGUUUUCUUCUGUUUUGAGUUAACUCACUACAAAUACCGAUACCGUAAACUUGUUAAGAGUGUAUAUAGCCACGCGAAAGUCAGCUGCCACUCUGUAUGACUUUAAAUAUAGACUCGUUAACCAGUCGACGCCACAAGCGGCGACGCGCGCCGCGUACGACGGUCGAUACUUAUGAAGAGGGCGUUUAAGGAGUUGCCGUUACCUACGCUCUAAAGAAGUACGUCAAUCUUGGCCGUUGGUUUUGAGUUUAGGUGAUGCAUUAGAUGUUACAUAAGAAAGUUUUCAGUUGUCACUGCUAAAGAUCCUAGAAAACCAAUAUCUUCUAGAAAAAUAUCAGUUAUUCGGCGCAAGUUUCCAAAGUGUAUAAGCUUCAUUAAAGUCAGCUGCUGCUCUAUAUGACUAAGCUUAGACUCGUACGACUCUCCAUGUCAACGUCAACUGUUUAACUCCAUACAAUAAAUAUGGCUAUUAGCCAAAGCGAUAAGUUCACAAUUCUUUAGAAAACCCACAGUGACUCGCUUUGGUGAUGCUUAAGUCAUAUGCGUAAACAUAUUUGUUUGUUUGUGGUUAAAAUCAUCAUUAAAACCCUUGCUGUGUAGGUAUUUAGAUAUGCUCGAUCUGCAGUUUUUACUAAAUCUAAGCAACGAUUUGUAAAAUUAAAAUAAUCGAGUAACUAAACUAUCAAUAAGUGUUUAAAACAGUAAAAUUAGCUCAGUAGAAUAGCCUUUCGUUAACGUGAUCAUAUCGCAACUCGAAAUGUAUAAAGUUACUGUACUGCUUAUACUUUUACUGUGCCAGCACUGACUGGUCGUUCCGGAGGCUCCAUACGACAUACGACUUUAAAUCAUUGGAACAGAGUUGAAUUUUGCUCGUACGGAGCGUCUGAGGCUCAAUGAUAGUCAUUUAUUUUUCGAAUUAGCGUUCCUUUUAAUAAGUCGUAUCAAUUUGAACGUUAUUUCGUAAUACAUAAGGUUUAUUUUUGAAGACUAACGAAGAAAGGUUAAGUUAUCAAAAUCAAGUAUAUUGAAUGUGGUCGUUGUAAUUAUAAUUUUGUAUAUUAUUUUUAUAUUUUGUUUUGUGUCAAAUUUGAGAGUUAGGUAUUGUUUAGUGUGUCUAGACAAUGUGUAAGGUCUUUCUAUAGUAUAGGUAUCUAAAUGGCAAACAGAUUUUAACACUUUCAUUUUCCAGUGCCCACUUAAAUAGGUCACUGUAACUCUUAUUACAAAGCCAUAAGGUUCACAAUUUUAAAGUGGGACAGUGAACGUGUUAAGAUGGUCUUAGACCAUGUUAUAUUAUUUUUUCAUAACGAUAUUAUGAUUC